AUGGAGAGGUCAUCUAAGCGGCAAAAGAUCACACAUGGCGGGAGAAGCGAUGCUGCCGCCAGCAACUCAGCAGACCCUGUUUCCAUCCGGAGGAAUCGAGCUGCCUUUUUGCAUUCGAUAUCUAGGUCGAUAUCCCCUCCUGAAGUGCUGCGUUCAGGUCCACAUACUCCUCUUAUCAACGUCCCAGAGGGAGAAUCAAUUGUUGCUAAACCCGACCAUGAGAACAACAUGGGGCCGAAGCCACCUUCGCAGCCUCUUCAUUCACAUGGUGACCUGAGCAAUGAGGUAUCUAAAGUCAAAUCGACGGGGUCAUCUCAAAUAUCGAAAGCCAUGCCAAAAGUUGUGCCCUCACCUUUCAGCUUGACGUCAAUUCGAGACCUGUCUGCAUCUCAAAACAAAGAUACUGUGUCUCUCCACGACAUCAUCGGCAAUCCCCUGAUCAAGGAGGCAUGGAUAUUCAACUUUUGCUUCGAUAUCGAUUGGAUGAUGAACUACUUUGACGUUGACGUCCGAGAUCUGGUGAAAGUCAAGGUUGUGCAUGGAUCUUGGAGGAAGGAAGAUGGAAACAGAAUUGGGAUCGAAGACGCGUGCCGUCGAUGGCCGAACGUUGAAGCGAUCGCAGCCUACCUUCCAGAUCAAUUUGGUACUCAUCACAGCAAGAUGUUUGUUCUAUUCACACAUGACGAUCUAGCACAAGUAGUGAUCCACACCGCCAACAUGUUGAACAAAGAUUGGUCAAACAUGACGCAAGCAAUCUGGCAAUCGCCUCUGCUUCCCAAGCUACAUGAGAACUCUGACUGCGCCAUUGGACGAUAUGGAUCAGGUUCACGUUUCAAGUAUGACUUCAUGGUGUAUUUGAAUGCGUACGGCUCGAAGACGAAAGCCCUUCGAGGACAGUUGGACCAAUAUGACUUCAGCGCAGUCAGGGGCGCCUUGGUGUCAUCAGUCCCCUCUCGAAUGAAGGAUCCCUCUCAAACGAGUCUGAUUGGAGGUGACGAGAAGCUUUGGGGCUACCCAGGCCUCUGCAGGGUUCUGAGGGCCAUCAAACCAUCGCCAACACCCACAUUCACGAAACCAACACCCCAUCCCCACCUUGUCUGCCAGGUCUCCUCGAUUGCCACCCUACCGAUGACCUGGAUCAGCCGAUUCUUCACGGCGAUUUUCAACCAAGACAACAAAACACCCUCUGGAUCCUUGGACCACGUCUCGAUCAUCUACCCAACACCCUCGAACGUCGCCUUGUCACUAGACGGCUACGCAUCCGGCGGUCCCAUCCACACCAAAGCGCAGAGCGCAGCACACCUGAAGCAGAUCAGCUCACUACGAAACACCCUUUCUCAGUGGACCGAAGGGCCAUCAACGGGCCAUCGAGCCGAGAGGCACGAAGCAGCACCGCACAUCAAGACGUACGUGCAAUACCGCGAGCGACCCACGGCGCAAAAUCCAGCUCCUGACAUCGACUGGGCAUUGCUGACGAGCGCCAAUCUCUCCACACAGGCAUGGGGCGCAUACCGCGAGAAGGAGAAAGAGGUGGUCGUGCAGAGCUUCGAGAUCGGCGUCCUCGUCUGGCCUGAACUGUUCAGCGACGACUUCGACGACCUCAUGCCCACUGCCCCAGACCACAUCGACGACAAAUCCACGAACGCCACGACACCAGGCCAACGGUCCUCCAGGGCCAUCAUCCACAUGGUCCCGGUCUUUGGCCAAAACACCCCGUCACCAUCAUCAUCGUCACCACCGCUCGCCGAAAGUCACACACCUGACAAGGCACCCAACGCGAAUACCACCAUCGUCGGUCUGCGCAUCCCCUACGACCUCCCAUUGACGCGCUACGGACCGACAGAGCUGCCCUGGUCGCCGCAAGCCAGCUACGAGACACGCGACAGGCAUGGCCGGAGGUGGCCUCGCGAUUUCUCCUGA